AUGUACAAGGCAAAGGACAAAAAGGAACUAGGUUUCGAUAACGUCGUCUUUCAAAUAGAUGAGUCCCAUGUUCGAAAUGGCGAGACAAGGUAUUACCCUGAAAACACAACGACCGUUUUGGACGAGCAGGUCAUUGAUUCGGGUAAAGAGCGCGCAACAUGGAACAACAGCGUGGAAUUCCUUAUGUCGUGUAUCGCUGUGUCGGUCGGUUUCGGUAAUAUCUGGCGGUUCCCGUUUACGGCUUAUGAAAAUGGCGGUGGUGCCUUCCUCAUUCCGUAUGUAAUUCUGCUCUUUCUGGUGGGUAAACCAUUUUACUUUUUGGAGAUGAUCAUCGGACAGUUCUCCAGCAGCUCAUCUGUCAAAGUCUGGAGCAUGUCGCCGAGUUUCGUCGGUAAUCAUUUUUCGAUCUGA